AUGGGUGACGAAAAGUCCCGCACACUAGACUGGGAGAAAGUCCACAGCUUCGUGUUGGAGCGGAGUAAUGCCUUUCUUGAGAGCAUUGGAAAGAACGACGUUGACUGGUUUCUUACCGACUCAAACGUCAAGGUGGAACCUCAUAUCAAGGAGCAGGAAGAUGCUUCCAAGAAGGCAGAAUAUGCGUCGAAAUUGCAAGAAUUAAAGAAGCAAACGCUGAAUGGUCUGCUAGUGACGCCUCCUUCGCCACAUUUGGCGGUGUCUAACUCUAACGCCAAUAGUGUCAACAAGACGAAACCUUCGAUUCUGCCCAUCUCUGAAGAGCAGGCUCAUCAUGAUCCUUAUCUUGAAUACACCCCGAAGACACUGAGCUCUGCGAUACCUAGACGAAAAAACAGUGUGUCAAGUGUGGCUAGUAAUGGUAGCACUGCUAGCGCUGGUAGCUUGGGCAGUUCAGGCGGUUUCUUCUCCAAAUUGAAGAACAAACUCCACCGGACCGAAUCACAGUCAUCUGCAUCAGGCCCUUCGGCACAAGUUGUUUCUGAGGAUGUGAAUUCACCGCAAGCUCGCAGAACAUCUAGGUCGAGUUCUGUUUCGGUUGCCAUGUUGGAGAGUAAUCUCAAUGGUAACUCCACUGUGAAUCCAAUUUCUCGAUCGGAUGCACAUGAACCAGUCGCCUCUGCUUCGCCUGUAUUCAAGUCCAACUACAGAAUGGAAAGCACUAGCGAUUCAGCUGGCAAAUCUGUCGCACCCUCCCUCAAACCAACCGACCCAGAACUCGGAGAUCCAAGGCUUGAGGAAUAUAUUCGAUUUUACAGACGGCCCAGCAAUAGGAGUCUGAGCCGUACUGGUUCACUCCGGGCGGAGAACAAUAUCUAUCCCAACAGUUGUAUCAUUAACAAUGAGGCACCUCCACCUAAGGUGGCAGAGCCACCUUCAUCAGCAGGUAAAAUCGGCUCAUUGUUUAGAAGAAUGUCUGUUUCUACUUCGUCCCCUUCAACUUCACACCAAGACAAUAAUAGCAAUCCUCUGAAAACUUCGAUGGAGUCGAAUGCAAGCCUGGUGUCUACAGCGCCCACCGAAGUGCCUCCUCAAUUCAAAGACAUCAAGGACUUCAAGAGAGUCGCCUUCCACUCGCUGACAUUCUUGAUUGACCCCCCUCAGCAAAUACCUUCUCGAACUCCAAGAAAGGGUAAUGUGGAAAUCCUCCCUUCUGGAACUGUUCGUAUUAAUCCUCUCACUGAGGCUGAUAAACUUGCGAUUGAAAAGUCUCAAAAGGGACUCGGUGGUGGUUUAGUUGUUGGAGGUACUGGAGCACUUGGAUUAAUCAAAAAAGAAGGAAAUGACGAUCUGGACGAAGGUUCUUCCAUUGACGAGCCAUUGGUAGGUAAGGAUAGGUGUGGCGAAGAAGAUACAGCUAUUGACAAGCAUGCUAAACUGUUGGCGAUCGACAAGCCAAUGCUUCAUCAUGUGGCUAGACCGGGAUACACAGUUCCGGUAAAGAAAAUGGCUUUAGACUUGAUGUAUACAAGGUGCUGUCAUUUGAGAGAAAUUCUUCCCAUUCCAGCGAUUGCAAAGCAGAUUCCUAAGGGAUCCAUGACUCCUUUGCCAUUGUUACAAUUGAGAAAUCCUACCCCAACAAUGAUCGAGAUACAAACCUUUGCUGAUUUCAUUCGAAUUGCUCCAAUCAUUUGUAUCUCACUUGAUGGAGUCUCGUUGUCUUACGAACAGUUCAAGAUUCUUUUGAGUGCAAUGUGCGCCAAGAAACAACUUGAAAAGUUAAGUUUGCGUAAUACUCCGAUUGAUUCAGCAGGAUGGUCUUUGUUGUGUUGGUUUCUCUCAAGAAAUCGAGUUAUAAACAAGUUGGAUAUUACUCAAUGUCCCCCACUUUCUGUUAAUGUCUUGAAGAAGAAGAAAAAGAAGCCUGAGAAGAAGAUUGAUGAAGAGACUAUAGUUCGGAUGACUUGCAACAUGGAAAAUAGAUCCGAUAUGGACUGGUCAUUAUUUACUGCAACAUUGGUCGCUCGAGGCGGUAUUGAGGAAUUGAUUUUGACUGGUUGUUGCAUAACUGAUUUGGCAGUGUUUGAGCUGUUGAUAAAGCAGGCCGUGACUUUAAGGACAUACAAACUCGGACUCGCCUACAAUCAGAUUACUCCAUCACAACUCAGGAUUGUAAUGGAGAACUGGGUUCUUUCAAGAUUGAGUAGAGGUCUUGAUCUUGGGUAUAAUGACAUGACAUCUCCCGCGUACAUUAACACUUUCUUGGAAUUGUCUAAGACUGCUAAAUUCAAGAGGAUGAUUUCAAAUUCAGAGCUUGGAUUUUUGAGUUUGAAUGCUACCAACUUGUAUUUUGAUGAUCAAUUCAAGGAAGUUUAUGAGAAGGUGUUGUUGCGCCUUUCCAACUUGAAAUACUUAGAUUUGUCAAACAAUCCAAAAUUGUUUGGUGCUCACCUACUGGGAUCAAGUCCAGGGUCGCCUCAGAAGUCCUCUCUUACCACCAAUGAAAAGAAUGACGAACUGAAGCUAGAAGGUAUUUCUGGCAGUCUGAGUUCAAAAGCACCUUCGUCUUCAGAGGGAAGCAAAUUGUACACUCAGGAGGCCAUAAACAGUUAUUUCUGCUCCAAGUUGCCAUUGUUCCGCAAGUUGGUGCGUUUGAAUUUGGAGAAUUGUGGUCUUUCGAGUACUUCAUUGAUCCAUAUAUUCGAGACGGUUCCAUACUGUAAGAGUUUGGCUUAUUUAUCUGUUGUUGGUAAUACUUUCGAUGUCGAAGCAGGCACUGCCUUGAUCCGUGGCCUAGAGAAUUCAAACUCAUUGAUCACCGUUGAUGGAGACUUCAAUCAGUUACCAGAGAUCAUCAAAGAAAGAAUUGGCUUGCAUACCAUGCGGAAUAUGGAGCUGUUCUUUAAGAGACACGUAGAGGAGGGAGAAACAGGUAGCAAUUCUGUGGAUUUGAAGAGUGAAGAUUCUCAGGAAGAGUCUAUAGCGGAAAAGUUGAGCAGUCUCUUGGAAAAGAAAAAGGAUGAAAAGAUUGAUAUGACAUCACCAGAAGUUGUCAGUUUUAUUAAGAGAAUCCAGGAUGACUCCAAGAAGUUGAAGGCAGCAAUAGCAGACUUGUUCCACUUGCAGUGGAAGAAUGAGUUGAGUAUGGAAGGCAAAGAGACGUUGAUUAAACUUCUAUUUCUUGAUUCGUCUUUGGAGCGUGGAUUGAAACUCAUUGAUAGUUCACUCGUUGAAAACCAAGAGACCGUUUCCUCUUCAGAUCUCAUAAACAUGAACCUUUCUGAAGAUGAAAAGAAUAAGGCAAGAUCCGACGCUCAUGAAAAGGUUCAAGGAGAUAACACAGACCCAACCACAUCCCUCUCUGUUAAGACCAGUUCGGUGCCUGUCUCGAGAACUCAAUCCAUGACGAGUUUGAGUAACCUCAACAAGGAAGAAGGUUCUGUUUUGAAGUUGCUGAAUAUCAGUAAGAAUGAUAAUGGUCGGAUGUUUGAAGAUUUCUCCAAAUUUUCUGGUGAAGAAAUCAGAAGGAAAUUGAUUGAUGUCAACUUGGACAAACUUGAUACAGUUAUUGAUUAUCUUGAGGAUGCUGCUAAGAAGGGAAUAUCUUUGAAGAGUUUGUAUCAAAAUCGUAAUAAGUCUAACACCGAGGAGGAUGACCACAACCUAUUGGAUGAAAUUCGUGAAAAACUUGUACUGUUGAGAGAAUCUGUUCCCGUGAAGAAAGAUGAAGCCAACUCUGAUGAGAAACACCAAAAGGAAGAUUUUGGAACUUUGGAUUCUCAAUCUCCCGAGGGUACUCACAAGAAUGAAGAAGAAAUCUUCAAUAUGCUUUUGAGCAAGUUUAAUCAGAAAUAG